AUGGCCACCCAUCGCCGAAAUGGCCAAUUAUCCUCCUGCGAGCCGUGCCGCAAGGGCAAGCUGCGCUGCGAUCACAAAACCCCCAUCUGCGGCCGUUGUGCCCGCCGCAACCAGGCCGUCCUGUGCAUCUAUCAUCCGGCGCCCAUGACCAAGUCCCGACCGCCGCCAUCCAGCAACUCUCUUUCUCUUCCCAAUUCGACCUUGAAAUCGCACAGCCAAACCCACGCCCAGAGGGCCCCCAAUGACCUCUCCCGUAAGCGCUCUAGAAAGCGCCAGAGUCUGGGCCCCAAUCCGCCCUCCGUCUCCGAGCCCUCCAAAUCCCCCAGCCAUGAGCCUGCUGCCACUGCCACUGCCACCGCCACUGCCAUUGCGACUGCUACUGCCGCCGUCGCUGCCUCCGUCGCCGACCCCUUUCCGGAUCCCUAUCUGGCCGACUGGACCAACGGCUCCGGCACGGAUCCCAGUCCCCCAGCAUGGCUAGGCCUGCCACCCGGGCACGGGCACCAUCCGCCGCACCAGGGUGUCUACCCGGGCUACGACCCAGGACUGACCUCCGUUCCCUUCGAGGAGGAGGGGACCGUCCUGCCGACCCUGGAGAACGCGCUACCAAUCGAUCCAGGACAGAUCGACCUGGGCGCGCAACUGCUGCUCCUCCUCGACGAUCUCCCCCUGUACCAGGCGAUCUGUGAAGCGCGGUAUGACUCCCUCUGUGACCCGUGGGUCUUCGGGGCGCAGUUCAUCCAGGAGCUGGUCGGCUCGAUCCAGCAAGUCUACCACCGCAGUCUCCAGGACCAACGAAAGGACAAGCAUCUUUGUCUGACCGAGCUGUCCCAGGAGAUCUUCAACAACAGUCGCACCCCCAUCGUGCUGCAUCCCGACAUGACCUUUGCGGAGUACGUGGCUGUUAUCGCCUCCCGCUGGGAGGGCAUCGGACUGCUCUUCGCGCUUACUGGCGUCUCGUCGCAUCAUAUCCGGGGCGAUCAUCCGCUUUUUCAGCCGCGUAAUGGGAAGCCUGCGCUUGAGAAGCUUCCUCUGCAGUCGCUUAUGGCGGCUACGGCGGGGACAUGUAUCCAGAUUUGCGAGAAUCUGGGCGUUAUGAGUGAGACGUUGGUGUGGUUGUUGUUCCAGCAGACGCUGCUGGCGAGUAUUGUUUGGGGGGUUGCUGGUAAGAUUGAUUCUUCUUCCACCGCAGAUCGGCGUGCGUACUACCGCGCGUGGAAGACUUUGGGGGAAGCCUCCACCCUGGCAUUAGCCUUGGGACUGCAUCAGCCAGACCCGGAGGACCGGAGUGCGCCGUUCUUUCUCAUCGAGCUGCGCAGAAGAACUAUGACCGCGGGGUAUAUCAUCGACAAGGAGCUGGCUAUGAUUCUUGGGCGUCCGCCCCGGAUAUCACGCCGUCAUUGCGAUCUCCAGCUACCUCUUGAUCUCAGCUACGCGGAGAUGACCGCAGACAGGCAAACGCGGGAUCUGGCCUGCAGCAAACUAGACGCCCAUGGAUGGAACACCGAGGGGCUCCUGUCCAAGGGCAUCCGGCCACGAGUCGGACAACUAAUCGCCAUGCUCCGGGAGAACGUGCUUGAAGUCACCUUGAGUCGUCAAAUGGAUACACUCCCGCAUCAGAUCGAAGAGUUAUGUCGCAAAAGCCGACAGAUGCGCGAAUCCCUCCCCGCAUUCCUGCAAAUGAAACCCUUCGAAAACAACACUCACGCCACCGAGCCCGUCCAUCUCUCGCCGCACCAAAUCACCGUCCAGCUCAUCCACAUCGACUUCCUCUACAACGACUUCCUCCUCCAUCACAUCCUCACCAAGCGUACCGGCAUCGCCUCCGACCAACUCAUCAAUAUCGCCUACGAGAUCCUCUCUACUAUCCUGGACCGUAUCGCUGACGUCGCGAAGCCGAAUCGCACUUUCCAUGCUAUCGUUCAUGUUGAAUAUCCUCUCUGCCACUAUGCCCUCCCCUGCGCGGGCGUCCUCGCCCUCGAACUUCUCCGCCACUCCCAACUCGCCAUCGACCCCGCCCUCUCAUCCACAUUUCCCCGCACAGACAUCAUUCAGAAACUGAGCAUCCUCGUCUUCUUCCUCGAGACGUACGUGCCCCCCGGAGAACCAAGCUACAAGAUCUCCCAGCAGGCGCGGAAAGCCAUCCAUCAUACUCUUAAUCAGGUUCUGGGGCCUCACGCUCACGGCCAUCUUCACGGCCAUCCUCAACCUACCAUGUCCGCUGGUGGUGGUAGUGGUCUGGAUGGCAGCCACGGUCCGAUCAUGGAUGACGCGGACGCGGACGCGGACGCAGACGCAGAUACGGAUAUGCUGCUGCCGUUAGAAAACGGGGCGGAUUUCAUGGCGUGGUUGGAGACGUUGGAUUGGGGGAUGGAUCCGUGGUUGAAUUUGACGUGA